UCUAACUGUCGUUCCCGGCACUGCGUCCAAGACAAAACGUUCCGUGCAAAUCACUGUAGAAGAGUGCGGUGGGCAGUGAAAUCCGCGAUGGCAUAACGGCUCAAGUGCAAAAGAUCUUUCAUCCAUCGUUGUCACGUGGAGAUAUCCGUGGAAGGAAAAACUUUUCGAUCAACUCAAGCUGACAAUUCACCGAUAAAUUUGAUAAACGGAUUAGACCCAAUCCACCACGAAGACUCUGAGGCUUCUUUCGAAAAGGAUGACAACCGGUUAACGCGGGAACGAGGAAACGCAGGCAAGGAUCAUCGAUCAUCAUGAACUCUGUGCAGCCGGUUGAAGGUGGUACCUGUCCGAUUUUGAGGCUUGAUGACGACGGCAAGUUGCUGGAUGUUGAGGCCGGCAACCCGUCGACCUCCAGACUUGUCAUCGAAUUCGCUAAUUUGAGCUACGCGGUUGAUUGUGGCACAGGUUCUCAGAAGCAGAAGGAAAUUCUUUGCUCAGUAACCGGACAUUUUCGACCUGGUCGUUUAACCGCCAUCAUCGGGCCUUCAGGUGCUGGGAAGACUACGCUCUUGAGCAUAAUUUCUGGCCUAAGAGUCCCUAAACUCAAGGGAACGAUUACAAUUAAUGGCGUCGAGAGAAACAGGGAAGUCUUUCGAAGACAGGUUUGCUACAUACCGCAGGAUUUUGCACUAUUGCCCUUGCUUACGGUACGCGAGACUCUCCAAAUCGCUGCUGACCUGAAACUUGGAUCUCCUCAUACGGACGCCUAUAGAAGACGUGCGGUAAUCGAUAUUGCUAGCAAGCUGGGACUUUUACCAAGUUUAGAUACAGCUGCAGGUAAUCUGAGCGGUGGUGAACGAAAAAGACUGUCCAUUGGAGUAGAGUUGAUAACUAACCCACCCGUAAUGCUGUUAGAUGAACCUACGAGCGGAUUAGAUAGCGCAGCAUCAGGCCAGGUGAUUGCCCUGCUGCACUCACUUGCCGAGGCAGGUCGGACUGUGGUUUGCACCGUCCACCAGCCUGGCAGUCACAUGAUAUCCUUGUUCGAUGACAUCGUCGUCUUGUCUCGGGGACAAAUAAUGUACUGUGGAUCGCGAUACGACAUUCUCGAUACCUUUGCAAAGGCUGGUCAUGCUUGUCCUCAGCUCUGCAACCUCGCCGAAUUCGUACUGGAAGUAGUUUCAACACACAAGGAAAAUUUGACAAGAUUGCGAGAAGUCAGUAAGGAGAAAUAUGAGGCAACAAGAUUUCAACUGGAAUCUACUCGUGCUACUCCAGUCAAACACCAAGCAUCGAAUGGCUCCGGGCUACCGCCAGGUUAUUUUAACGAGGAUGAGGAGGAUGAAAUUUCGCCGAUGAGGCUUUAUCCAGUGUCCCAGUGCAAGCAAUUCUUCAUCCUUUUCAAAAGAGCGAUGAUCUGUACACGAAGAGACAAUAUGUUAACAAGACUCAGAAUCGUUGCUCAUGUGAUGGUCGGACUUCUGGUUGGCAUUGUAUUCUAUGACUUUGGUAGCGACGCUGCCAGAUUCCAAAGCAACAACGCUUGCAUUUUUACUUGUCUGUUGUUUUUGUUCUUCGGUAACGCCAUGCCAGCUGUACAGAUGUUUCCAAUCGAAGCUGCAGUAUUUCUCCGAGAACACAUGAACAACUGGUACUCCUUGCAAUCGUACUAUAUAGCAAAAGUUUUAGCAGAUAUUCAAGUGCAGGUCCUCUGUCCAACCUGCUUUCUCAUCUUUGCCUAUUGGCUAACGGGGCAGCCCCUUGAAUUCGACCGGAUAUGGCGUGUCUGGCUCAUCUGUGUUCUGGUGACAAUGCUCGCCCAGUCUUUUGGCAUUGCUGCUGGAGCUGCUUGCGGCUCACAGGUAGGCGUUUUCGUUGUACCAGCGUUGAACAUCCCGAUGUUUUUGUUUGCUGGAUUUUUCCUUAGACUUGGGGAAGUUUCGGCCUAUCUUCGCCCCAUUUGUAGCAUCAGCUACUUCCGAUACGCUUUUGAGGGAGUACUUCAGGCGUUGUACGGGAAUUCUCGUAAAAAUUUGCCCUGUUCGGAAGUUUUUUGUCCUAUUCGUUUACCGGCAAAAAUUCUCUCAAAUUUGGGUAUGCCGACGGCACCAUUCUACGUUCUGACUCUGGCUUUGACUCUGUGGAUCUUCGCACUGCACAUUUCCGUUUAUGCAGUACUUCGCUGGAAAUUGUAUCGUGCCACUAAAUAAAAUUUGCUAAGCAUAAA